UAAAGGUGGAAGCUGGGAAAAUGUUAAUAUAGUGAAUCAAAAGGUUGAAUAUAAAACCUACAAUUAUGCUAGCAAGGUUAUUGAUGAUGUUAAAGCUGCCAGUAAUAAUGAAGGUGAAGCAUUUAAGCAUUAUUUGAGACCAGUCGAUACAGAUAGAGCUGAUAAUGUUAAUAUCC